GCCCCUCGCCGCGAGAUGCGGCCGCUCCUGCUGGUGCCCUUGCUGCUCGCCGCGUCCGCGUCCGCGUCCUCGGCUCCAAGGGUGAGGCGGAGCGAUGCCUGGGGCUCCUGGGGCGGCUGGAGCCCCUGCACACGGACCUGUGGAGGAGGCAUCAGCUUCCGGGAGCGCCCCUGCUCCGCGCAGAGGCCAGACGGGGGCCCCGGCUGCGUGGGACCUGCCCGGAGCUACCGCAUGUGCCACCCAGAGAGCUGCCCCGAGGGUGCCCCUGACUUCAGGGCCCAGCAGUGCGCAGAGUUUGACGGCCAGGAGUUCCAGGGGAGACGGUACAAGUGGCUGCCCUACUAUGCAGCCCCCAACAAAUGUGAGCUGAACUGCAUCCCCCAUGGGGAGAGCUUCUACUUCAGGCACAGGGAGGCCGUGACAGACGGGACACCCUGUGAGCCUGGCGGACGGGACGUCUGUGUGGAUGGCAGCUGCCGGGUGGUCGGCUGUGACCUCAGGCUGGACUCCACCCUGCAGGAAGACGAGUGUCUGCGGUGUGGGGGCGAUGGCUCCACGUGCUACCCCGUCACGGGCACCUUUGAUGCCAGUGGCCUCAGCAGAGGCUACAACCGGGUCCUCGUGGUCCCCGCGGGCGCCACCAGCAUCCGUGUGGAGGAGGGGGCGGCCAGCAGGAACUUCCUGGCGGUGAGGAACGUUCGAGGUGACUACUACCUCAACGGGCACUGGAACAUCUCGGCUGCCCAGGCCCUGCCCGUGGCCAGCACCCUCCUGCACUAUGAGCGGGGGGCAGAGGGGGACCUGGCCCCAGAGCGGCUGUAUGCCCGUGGCCCCACCUCAGAGCCUCUGGUCAUUGAGCUCAUCAGCCAGCAGCCUGGCCCCUGGGUGCUCUUCGAGUACCACCUGCCCCGGGCUGCUCCCCAGACCCGCGUCCGCUGGAGCCACGGCUCCUGGAGCGACUGCAGCGCCCAGUGUGGUGGAGGUCGGCAGUCCCGCCUGGUCGUCUGCACCGUGGACAGCGAGGCGUCCCCGGACCACGAGUGCCGGCACCAGCCCCGGCCGGCCGAGCAGCGGCCCUGCAGUCCUCAGCCCUGCCCGCAGACCGGCCACUGGAAGACAGGGCCCUGGGGCCCCUGCUCGGCUUCCUGUGGCGGCGGCUCCCAGUCCCGCUCCGUGCACUGCGCCUCGGCCGGGUGCUCGGGGUCGCGGGGGAAGCCCCCCAGCACCCGGGCCUGCGGCCUGCAGCGCUGCGCAGCCUGGAGCGCCGAGCCCUGGGGAGAGUGCUCCGGCAGCUGCGGUGCUGGGGUCCGGAGGCGGAAUGUGACUUGCCGGGGGGCCGGGGGCUCUCCGCUCCCCAGCACGGCGUGCUCCCGGGCAGACCGGCCCCCCCUCGCCGAGCCCUGUGCGCGCGACUGUCCCCACCUCAGCGACCGAGCCUGGCGCGUCGGCACCUGGAGUCUGUGCUCCCAGAGCUGCGACUCGGGCACCCGCAGACGCCGGGUCGUCUGUGCCCUGGGCCCGCCGGGCUACUGCGGGCGCCUGCAGCUGCCGAAGCCGGUGGCCGUGGAGGCCUGCAACGCGCAGCCCUGUCCUCUGCCCCCCGAAGUCCCUCACACGCAGGCUGUCAACACCAGCCCCAGACACUCCCCGACGUCUCUGGGCCUUUGGAGGACCCCCACCGCAGCGUCCAGAGACCAGGACCCCCACCUGCCAGCCUCAGGCCCAGCCCCGUCUCUGCAGCAGCCCCUGGGGUCUGACUUGGGGGGCCGUGACUGCAGACACAGCCCCCACGGAUGCUGCCCUGACGGCCACACUGCCUCCCUUGGGCCUCAGUGGCAAGGCUGCCCCGGGACCUCGUGUGAGCAGAGCAGGAAGGGCUGCGCCAGGGCUCAGAGACGUGAGGAUGCUGGGGGCGUGCCAGGGGCAGGAGCUCCUGCGGAACCCCAGGGCCAGCGGUCCCAGCAGGAUGAGCCCGGUGCCUGCAGGGGCUCCCGGUUUGGCUGUUGCUAUGACGACGUGGCCCCUGCGGCCGGCCCUCUCGGGGAAGGCUGUGCAGGUCAGCCCAGCUACGCGUAUCCAGUGCGGUGUCUGCUGCCCAGUGCCCUGGGCUCCUGUGCAGACUGGGCUGCCCGCUGGUACUUCGUCCCCUCCGUGGGCAGGUGCAACCGCUUCUGGUAUGGCGGCUGUCACGGCAAUGCCAACAACUUUGCCUCCGAGGGGGAGUGCAUGAGCAGCUGCCUGGGGGCCCAGCGUGCACCUCUCCGACCGGGACCCUCCCAUGCACCCAGGGCCUCUGCCCAGGGCACCCGUGGAGAGGGGGGUGGGAGCGGGCCCGGGCCCACAGGCCAGAGUAGGCCCUUGCCUUCUGGCGGCGGCGGCAUCUUUUGGCCAGAGCAGGAGCCCAGGCCCAGCGAGACCCACCGCACUCCACCCUACGCAGAACAGGCCUGGGGCCAGGAGCUUGGGCCCAGAGCCUCCACUCUGGGUGGGGGUGACAGGGGACCUGCUCCUCCCUCCCACGGCUCCUCCAGGGCUGGCUCGGAGCCUUCGCUGGUGCAGGCGGCCCAGGGGCAGCUGGUGCAGCUCUAUUGCCCAGACAGCGCCUCCCGUGCCGGGUGGCGGAAGGACAGACAGCCCAUUGCCUCGGACAGGCACAGGCUACAGCCCGACGGCUCCCUGCUCAUCGGCCCUCUGCGGGCGGAAGAUGCCGGCACCUACAGCUGUGGCAGCAUCUGGCCGGGCCGGGCCUCGCGGGUCCACCUUCGUGUGAUGGGGGGGGACGUGGCUGUGCUGAAGGAGGCUCAGCACAGGAACCCAGCCCAGAACCAUAGGAAGGACACCGUUUCCUCAUCACAGCUGAGGCCGCAGACCAGGCUCCGUCUGGACCGGAACCAGCCCGGGGUGGUGGAGGCGUAUCCCGGCCAGCAGAUCCGGCUCACCUGCCGUGCGGAGGGCUUCCCGCCCCCGACCAUCGAGUGGCAGCGGGACGGGCAGCGCCUUGCCUCCCCCAGACACCAGCGGCAUCCUGACGGCAGUCUGGUCAUCAGCCGCGUGGCCGCGGAAGACCGAGGCUUCUACGCCUGUGUCGCCUUCAACGGGCAGGACCGAGACCAGCACUGGGUCCAGCUCCGAGUCCUGGAGGGGCUGACGAUAACAGGGACGCCCUCCGCCGUGACGGUGCCUGAGGGGGACACGGCCCGGCUGCCGUGCGUGGUGGCAGGAGGAAGCGUGAACGUCAGGUGGUCCAGGAACGGGCUGCCGGUGCGGGCCGACGGCCGCCGCGUCCAUCAGUCCCCGGACGGCACGCUCCUGAUCCGCAACCUCGGGGCCGGGGACGAGGGCUCCUACACGUGCAGCGCCUACCGCGGGAACCAGAGCGCCAGCCGCAGCACGGAGGUGAAGGUGGCCCCGCCAGCACUGGUCGCCCCGCUGAGGGACCCCGGCAGGGACUGCAUUGACCAGCCUGAGCUGGCCAACUGUGAGCUGAUCCUGCAGGCUCAGCUCUGCGGCAAUGAGUACUACUCCAGCUUCUGCUGCGCCAGCUGUUACCGCACCCAGCCACAAGCCCAGCCCGUCUGGCAGGACUCACCUCGGCAUCACAGGCAGCUGCCGAAAGGUUUGCCUGAAGAUGGGUGAGGGCAAUUUUUAUGGCAUCGCAGGCCGGUCACUAGUGCGGACUAGAGCCCAGGCCCAGAUGAAUCUCAAACACAUCCCAGAGAAACUGGUGUGGGAAAAUGAGGCCAAUGUCACUGAUUCCUCACCCCACCCUCCAGGGAGGAAAUGACAAUUAAAAAGAAAAUCAGUAAUCUACCCACACCAAGUGGAAUUCAUCGCAGGGAUGGUUCAGUGUGUGUAAUACACCAAAAGGCUAAAAGCGUGUGGUUCUAUCAGAGGCUGAGAAAGCAUCCAGCCAGAUUCAACACCCAUUGAUGAUCCAGACGGACCAGAAAUCAGAAGGACCAUUUCUCAACAUAGUAAAGGUCCUACAUUCCACCAGGCCCAUGGCUGACGUCAUUCUCAGUGGGAAUAACAAAGCCUCCCCCUCAGAUCUGGAACUACAAGGACGGCCACUCUCUCUACUGUUCAACAGAGUCCUAGAGAUCCCUUUUCAAACAUUCAGGCAAGAGAGGCUGAGGAAGAAAUCAAGCUGUCACUGGCAGCAGCAGAUGGCAUAAUAGUAUAGAAAACCCUAAAGUCUCCACAGAAAACCUGUGCGAAACACCAGUUUCGUACAGUGGCAGAAUACAAAGUGCACAAAAAUAAAUCUGGGCAACUCUGCACACUAAAGGUGAGUCAGGGAAGGGAAAUGGAGAAAUUCCAUUAACAACGGCAUAAAAAAAAUACUAUCUUGGAGUGAAUUUUAAAACCUCAAGACGAACUGUUAAAAUGGUCAUGCUUUCAAGAGGGGUCUCCGGACUCAGCAAUCCCAGUGGCAUUUUUCAAGGCAAGUGAACAAGCCAAAAAUGUAUGUGGAACUAUGAAAACAGAACCAAAUUCUGAGGGGGAAAGAUGAAGGGAUCAUGCUCCCUAACUUCAGUUUAUAGUAUAAACUGUAAAGCAAUCACAAUUGAAACUAUGGGGUGUUGGAACCAAGGACCCAGAAAUAAACGCAUAUGAGUCAUGCCAGUGCACGGCAGAGUAGAAAGCCUCAACAAACGUAGCUGGGAAAACUGGACACCUAUGUGUAGGAAUAUGAAACCAGAUCACCACUUAACACCAAAAUUAAGCCUAAAACUAUAAAGUACACAGAAGACUUCAGUGAAACUCCAGGACCUUCACAUCAAAGACAUAGAUACUUGGAGACUUGCCCUGUCUUGGGCAAGGAUAAUU